AUGAAUUCACAUAAAACAGUGCCAUCAAACAAAAUUUUAAAGUCUCUUCAAUAUUAACAGUAGUUAUAGAAAUAUCGAAAGGAGAUUACUACAAUGAAAAUUAGAGUAAAUAAUACUUAAAACAUAACAAAAUAUAACAUUUACAAAAUUCAAGGAGAUUAAUUUGAACAUUACAAAAUACUUUAAUAGGAUUAAAUCAAAAUAUAAAGAAUUAUUCAAUUCAAAAUCUAACAGAAUAAGAUUAUUAUAUGA